GUCGACUACAUAUUCGUACAGACACAGGGCAUCGAUCCCUGUAUUCGUUCACAGACUCGUACCUUCAUCGACGAGGAUUUGUGCUCAUAUCUCACGAUUCAUCGACCUAUCUUACCACCAUCAACGAUCUCUGCGAUCUGCCUUCGCCACCACUCUUAGGCCAGUCUCAUCGCGUGGAUUUCAGGCUCAUCUUACCGAUGCAGAUCGCAUAGCAUUAUAGGUCAUCGUACCUAACGAACAAGCUGGAAUUGGCUCGGGAAGAUCGUUGGUCUGGACUAUUGAUCCGACCUAGGUGGUGUUGUUGCAAAGCGUGGAUAUUAGUAACUGGCAAAACGCCUGUGGCAGCCUGUUUGCGAAGCCAUGUUCCACAUGUCUAGACCUGGUUCAGGUCUAAGUAUCGCGCAGCAAUUACGAAAAUCGACACAAAUUGGAAUUGAUGAGGGCUCUCGAGGCCUAGACAAGAAGCAGUCAGGUAACAACUAUACUUCCAAAGUCAAGGUCAGCCAAAAAUACAGCAUAAUUGGAUUCAUUAGUUCUGGCACAUAUGGACGCGUUUACAAGGCUAUGGAGAGAAAUCCCAGGAGCGGUACUUCGAGUCCUGAUGGAGCAGCCCCCCCCAAGGAGCUGUUCGCCAUCAAGAAAUUUAAACCAGAGAAAGAAGGCGACAAUGUUCAGUAUACGGGGUUGUCACAAUCAGCAAUUCGUGAAAUGUCAUUAUGCACCGAAUUGUCGCACCCGAACCUGAUACAUCUGGCUGAGAUAAUUCUGGAAGACAAAUGUGUUUAUAUGGUUUUCGAAUAUUGCGAACAUGACUUGCUGCAAAUAAUUCAUCACCACACUCAGCCAACCCGACGGCCGAUUCCCGCGACCAUGAUCAAAUCCAUAUUGUUUCAGUUGCUCAACGGCCUCUACUAUCUUCAUCAAAAUUGGGUCAUUCACCGUGACUUGAAACCUGCAAAUAUCAUGGUAACCAGCUCGGGUCAUGUCAGGAUUGGUGAUCUGGGGCUAGCUCGCCUGUUCCACAAGCCACUGUCAUCACUUUACUCAGGAGAUAAGGUGGUUGUGACUAUAUGGUAUCGGAGCCCCGACCUGCUCUUAGGAGCACGACAUUACACCCCAGCGAUUGACAUGUGGGCUGUUGGCUGCAUCUUUGCAGAACUCCUGAGCUUGAGGCCAAUUUUCAAAGGCGAAGAAACCAAGAUGGAUAGCAAAAAGACUGUCCCGUUUCAGAGGAACCAGAUGGGCAAGAUUGUUGAAAUCCUGGGGAUGCCUCGCCGUGAGCACUGGAAAGGACUUGCCGACAUGCCGGAAUAUCCACAGUUGCAGUCGCUUGUUGUUUCCAGAGGAGGAAUGCAAGGCAGCUUGUAUCAAUCAACUUCAGGCAGCCUGAAUCGCCAAGGGAACAACGGCAGCGGUCUGGAAAAUUGGUAUACAAAUUGCUUGCGGCACGCUAGUUAUCCUUCAGACAAGUCUCCGGGCCAGAAAGGGUUUCAGCUCCUAUCCGAGCUUUUCGAGUAUGACCCAGACAAGCGCUUAACUGCGGAGCAGGCUCUACACCACGAGUAUUUCAGAAACACCGAUGAGGGACCAAACAAAGGCAAGAUUUGGGUCAGCAAUAACUGUUUUGAAGGACUUAAUGAAGUAUACCCCCAUCGACGGGUGAGCACAGAAUCGAACGACAUAAACACGUCGAGUCUGCCUGGAACGAAGAGAGGAGGCUUACCAGACGACACACUCUUGCCUGCCGCGAAGAGGAGAUAGUAUUACCCCAGAGCAGAAGAGCAACCGUUUUUCCCGAUGCCACCGAGUCAUUUGAAUCUGAUGGACAUGACAUACACGGUAUGGGAUGACUCGAGAUACUUGAGAGGUCCUACUGCUUCCGCCGCGAGAGCAGCGAGUCAGGGUAGUUCUCAUGCACGCGGAGGCCGCCUAUAUUAGGGGUAAGCUGCUUCUUCCGCUAUCAAGGUGGUCAUUGCCGAGAUCCUGAGAAGGCCGUCCUGCAGUGAGGCAUCGCGACGAGAAGAUUCAUCGCCGCCAUUCGAGUACCAGAGGUUUAUGAACUCUGGUCUCCCUCUCGCAGAAUAGAUGGCCCUCUUAUUGAUGGACAACUCGCACUUAUAUUGGAAACGCCUGAAGACGUCUAUAACCUGGGAGACAGAGGAUAUUUGUCUGUCUAAGGAUUCUCUGAUAGACUCUUAUGUUGAGAUCCUUGCGAAAAUUUGACCGAGGGAUAUGAUCCUCCUCUCAAGCAGUAUUUUCCCACCUACUGGAUUUGGAGAUCAGUUCUAUCAAAAUCGCUCUGCAAUGCCGGAAUGUGCGAGGAUCGUCCCUGGAAUGAUGUGAUCGUGUUCUAGAUUUUGUCCCAAUUCCCUGGGCAUUAUCAUGAUAAGAUUUGGAGAUAGGAUGGAGCAAGCUCCACGAGUGCAACGAGAUGGGUUUCAGUAUCAAAUUUCCACCAGCUUCACCUAGUUGUUACACAGCAGGAUCAAGCAGAGGAAUUUGCAAAACUGGCAAUGAUCAGAACCGGGAGCUAGUGUUCAAAACCUGAAAGGAGAGGUCGAGGCUAAGAGCGGUUCGAGAGAUGGUGGAACAUCGAAACACUCUUCAGUGCUUGGUUGUCAAAUGAACUUGGCUUUG